AUGUUUUUAUUUACAAUAGAGUUUCUUCAAAAUGCCGUAGUACUGAUUCCACUCUCUUUUAUUAUUUUCAUAGUGGUGAAACGAAACAUAAAGAUUGCAUCACAAAAUGUGAUGAGUACCGAACCGGAGGAGACCUGCAUACCGGAAGUAAAGUACUUUGAGAGUAUGUCCACCGAGGAUAAGUUAAGAAAACUCGACAGCGAACUUCGUAAAAUUGAAAAGUGUUUAACACCUGAAAAAACGUUAAACGUUUCAAGUAAAUGUCUGACGGGAAUUCAACUGCUGGAACGCAAAAUCUGUAAAGCGUAUCAGUUCGAACAGGUCGAACUCGGUAACGCGAUCGCAUGGGUAGAAAAACCUACGAAAACUCGUGGUAAAUAUAGACCGGUAGCUCGCGAGGAAGACAAAAUCGAUGGCACCGAAAUCGAUGACUUGAAGAGAGUUAUUAUACGAUUGAUCGCGAAGAAAGCUUCCGACGGUGUAUCGGUGAUAGACGAAAUUUCGGAGGACAUCGAUGACGUGGCAGAAGUCGAGAAUAAGAUACACGAAACCGACGGCGAUACGUCUCAGAACCCUUCUUCGGAAGCGAUCGAAGGGGAAACGAUCAAAAUUCCGGAAGUAAAUUUAGAGAAAAUAUUAGAGGUUAGGCACAUGUUCGAUCGGUUAUUGCCCCUGGCCAAAACGUGGUCGCUAAAACUGUUGGACGACAUGUUGGCCACGAUCAAAAUGGUGUACGUGACGUCGAUGCUCAUCCGUCGGUCGGUAUUCAACCAGGACAGUUGGACGAACACGAUAAACCCAGCGGCGUCCAAACUGACGAAGACGUUGAUUUCCAUCCAGACCAGUGUCAACGACGACGACGGCGUGACGUCCAUAGAUUUAUCGUUACUUCCGACUCUCCUGGGUUCGUCCACGUCGCAAGUGCAGCCACCGACGGGAUAUUUUGCCAGGUUCACUGCGGCUGCCAAACGGAUGGCAGGACGACUGUUUGGCAUUCGAUCCUGA